AUGGACUCUAGUUGGUCAAGGACGGGAAUCAAAGACCUGCAUCAUCUUCCUGAAAAGAUUAGAAAGCAUGAAGCUUCCAGAGGACACAUUAAUUCGUGCACGGCGCUUGCAGUUCUUGGUAAGGCAAAUAUAGCAUCACAAAUAAGUUCUGCUUAUAGACAAAGUAUAGUUGAACAUAAUGAAAAAGUGAGAAAAAAUCGGCACAUUUUGAAACGGAUUAUAAGCUGUGUCAAAUUUUGCAGUGCCUUUGAAUUGGCACUUAGAGGUCACAAUGAGACUGAAGAAUCUUUGAAUCGAGGAAUAUUUAGAGAAUUAGUUGAUUUUACCGCUGAGUUAGAUGAGGCCCUUAAAAAUCAUUUACAAAAUGCCACGGUAUUCAAGGGAACUUCUACAAGCAUUCAAAAUGACAUAUUAGAUAGCAUGCUACAAGUUUGUAGAGAAGAAAUUUUGCAGCAAAUUAAAAACGCAAAUUUCCUGUCAAUUCAAUGCGAUGAAACGACCGACAUAUCAAAUCAGUGCCAAAUGGUUUUAAUAUUCAGAUAUUUCCACGAAGGCGGCAUACAAGAACUUUUUUGGAGUUUUUUGAGAGUUAAAGAUAAGACAUCAGUAGGUUUAAAAACUUGCAUAGAAAAUGAAAUUGAUCCGUUUCUUUUACAAAGUCCUGAAAAGUUGAUAGCACAAACAUAUGAUGGUACGAAUGUCAUGAGUGGUUCUGUCGGUGGGGUUCAAGUUCACAUUAAAGAAAAAUAUCCUAAUGCACAUUUCAUACAUUGUUAUGCCCAUCAGCUAAACCUUAUUAUGCAAAAAAGUGCAUCACAAAAUUCAAAAGUACGUGUGUUUUUUAAUAAUUUGUCGGCCAUACCAGCUUUUUUUUCGAACUCUACCCAUCGAUGUGAUGUUUUAGAAGAAAUUAUAAAUAAGAAAAUCCCCAGAGUAGCUGCUACUAGAUGGAACUAUAACAUUCGUACAGUUAACUUUGUCUAUGAACAUCGUGAGAAGCUCAUAGAGGUGUUUGAAGAAAUAGAAGAGAGAUGUAAUAGAGGUGUUACUUUAAAUGAAGCUUCAAGUUUGAGAAGAGCGUUAGAAGAUCAAGAAUUCUUGUUUUGGUUGACAGUAUUCCAUAAAAUAUUUCCGCAUGUUGACAUCCUUUAUAACCAGCUGCAGUCAAGAAAUCAAGAUAGUGUUCAAUUACAAAAGGACUUAGUAAUUUUUGAAAAGAGUAUCGACAAUAUAAGAGGUCAAAUUGAUGAUAUUAAAAAAUACACCGAAACAAAGUUUGAAUCUAAUAAAAGAAGAAGAACUGACGACAGUAUACGAGGGGUCAUUGCCAAAGAAGUCUGCGACAUAAUAACAAUGCAAGUAAAAGAUAGAUUUUCCUUUCGAGGUCAUUUACAGGCAGCCGAAUUGUUUAAUACAGAGGCAUAUUUGAAAUAUUCCCGGAAUUUCCCUUCUGCUAUUUUGGAUGCCGUAGCUACUUUUUAUCCAAUGUUGUGUAAAGCCAGACUGAAAACGGAAUUAGAAGUUAUAUACUCCAGGGAAGACUUAAAGGAAAUCGUUGGUGCUAUGAAUUUAUUGUCUUUUCUUGUUACGAACAAUCUUUGCGAUACAUUUGUGGAAGUUAUAAAAUUGUUAAAAAUCAUUGUGACUACCCCAGUGACCACAGCAGAAUCAGAACGUUGUUUUUCAACUCUUAAACGCAUAAAGACAUUUUUAAGAAACAGUAUGCGAAAUGAUCGACUAAAUGCUCUAGCUAUGUUGUCAAUAAACAGAAACUUGACUCAUGAAAUACAUAGUUUUGAUGAAAAAGUUAUGGAAAAAUUUAUAUCUCUAAAAGAUCGUAGAGCCGAUUUUGUUUUUAAACAAUGA